UUGCCUAAUCAUUUAUUAAGACGUCAUCCAACAAUUCAGACCGUAAGUCUCAAAAAGAAGAGUGAAAGUGGUGGUGGCAAUUGUGGUAAUGCACGAAAUGGUGAUGGACAAGUUUUUGAUGACAUGGCUUUAGGCAUCGUGCCAGUUCCAGAUUCUCAAAAUGUUGAUAAUUCGGAUACUGAAAGCGUGGCUUCUUCUUCUGUCUCUGUAUCAGUCUUAAAACAGCCAACAUUGGCAUGUUGCUCAACAAAUAUAAAAUCAUUUCGAGAUAAUGGUGUUAAAAGUGGUCAACUAGCCAAUGCAAUAGUCUUCAUGAUAGCAAAGGAUGGCUUGCCUCUAAAUACUGUGGAAAAAACAGGAUUUCAAUAUUUGAUGAAAGUAGUGGCACCGCUAUAUAAAGUUCCAGCCAGAAAAACAAUUACUGCGUCUUUAGGUCCUGCUCGUUCCAGAAAUGGCUUCCCGGAGUGA